CAGCGUCGGAGAUGCAGUGAGGAGCGAGACGACACACCUGGGCUCAAAGGUGAACAGGAAGUGGAGGCGCAGGAUGCAGCGUCUCGGCAGGAGCAGCCGUCGGCCCUGACUGCAGUGAUGUCACACCAUCCGACAAUGGGAAAGAAGAAGAGGUGAACACAGAUAAAGACGCAGAUUCCAUGGAGGCCGAGGAGGCUGAGUUUACUGGAGGAGUUCAUGAGGAGACGGGGGCCAACGCCGCCCCUCACACCACCUUCAAACACGUGGAGGUGAGCCUGCAGAGCAGCUUCCAGCCGGGCAUAAAGCUGGAAGUGGCCAAUAAGAGCGGCCCGGACUCGUACUGGGUCGCCACCAUCAUCACCACGUGCGGCCAGCUGGCUGCUGCUACCGACUUCUGGUGCGACGUCAUGACGGCCGAGCUGCACCCGGUGGGCUGGUGCACCCGGAACGGCAAGACCCUCAUGCCCCCCGAAGCCAUCAAGGAGAAAUACAGCGACUGGACCGAGUUCCUCGUCCAGGACCUGACCGGCGCCAGGACGGCACCCGCCAACCUGUUGGAGGGGCCUCUGAGGGGUAAAAACACCGUGGACCUGAUCGUGGGGGGCUCGGUUCUGGAGCUGCGUGACCUCUCGGACCCGUCCCUCUACUGGCCGGUCCGGGUGGUACAGAACGUGGGAGGGCGGCUCCGGCUGCGCUACGCCGGCCUCCCCGACGACCUGCGGGCUCGGGACACCUGGCUCUUCUACCUGGACGUCAGGCUCCGCCCCCUCGGCUGGGCUCUGGAGAACCAGCUGGCCCUGGAACCGCCCACAGGGUUCAGGUCUCUGAGGAGCCCCCCCGACUGGCAGGAGGCUCUGGAGGAGGCUCGAGCCCACGGAGAGAAGAACCCGCUGCCGCUGGAGGUGUUCAAGGACCACGUGGACGUCGGCGAGCACUCCUUCCAGGUGGGGAUGAAGCUGGAGAUGGUUUCUCCGUGGGAGGAGCUACAGAUCUGCCCAGUUUCUGUCACCAAGGUCCACAGCGAGUUCUUCCAGGUGACGCUGGACGACCUCUCGGCCGGCGCCGCGCCGCGCUCCGUGUGGCGCCACGCCGGCUCGCCGGGCAUCCUGCCCGUCCAGUGGAGUCUGAAGAACGGCGUGGCGCUGGAGCGGCCCCGCGGCUACGGGGGCCACGACUUCGACUGGGCCGACUACCUGAAGCAGGGCGGGUCGGAGGCCGCCCCCGACGCCUGCUUCCCCGACACAUGGCAGAACAGGGGCUUUGCCAAGGACAUGUGCCUGGAGGCGGUGAACCCUCAGCGGCCCGCCGAGGUGUGUGUGGCUCAGGUCACGCAGGUCAGAGGACGCCUGCUGUGGCUCCGCCUGGAAGGUGUGGCGAAGCCGCAGUCCGAGUGCAUCGUGGACGUCGAGUCCACCGACAUCUUCCCUGUCGGGUGGUGCGAGGCGAACGCGUACCCUUUGACCCCUCCAAUGAAACCCGUCUGCCAGAAGCAGAAGAAGAUCGCGGUGGUGCAGCCAGAGAAACAGUUGGCGCCGUUCCAGCCGGUGGAGACGACUCCCGUCACCCUCUGCCCGCCCGCCGCCGCCCCCGUCGCCAUGGAUACAGGCUCGGGGAGGUACUGCUGCUCCAGGAUCUCCAUCAACCACCGCUGCUUCUCGGGGCCGUACCUCAAUAAGGGACGCAUCGCCGAGCUGCCGCAGGCUGUCGGGCCCGGGAAGUGCACGCUGGUCCUCAAGGAGCUGCUGAGCAUGCUGAUCAACGCCGCCUACAAGCCAGGACGGGUCCUGAAGGAGCUGCAGGAGGUGGAGGAUCAGAGCUGGGACUGCCAAGAGGAGACCCUCAAAGCCAAAUAUAAAGGGAAAACGUAUCGCUCCACCAUCCGGAUCGUCCGCCUCGCCGAGCAGAUCCCAGACUUUUGCCGCCGGGUGUGCGUGAAGCUGCAGUGCUGCCCCAACCUCUUCGGCCCCGCCCUCGCCACCGACAAGUGCCCCGAGAACUGCUCCGUUCAGACCAAGACCAAAUACACCUACUACUACGGGAAGAAGAGGAAGCUGUCCAAGCCGGCGGGCGGCGAGGAGGAGGCGGAGGGGGGAGGGGCGGCCAAGCCGGCGCGCCGCAGGAAGAAGAGGAAAGCCAUCUUCGUGCUGAAGAAGAGACGCUCGUCCGCGGGGGGCUACGCGCCCGCCGGCUCGCCGCAGGACAGCGAGGAGGACGAGGACGCGGCCUUACAGUCGGGCAGCGAGGGCACCAGCUCGGAGCCCCGCGAGGACCACACCGACGCCUCCUCGGUGGAGGCCACCAGCAGCCGGCCCCGCCGGGCCGCCGCGCUGCGCAGGGCCGGCGGCGCCGCGGGGGGGGGGCGGGACGACGGCGAGGGCCGCAGGAGGUCGACGCGCUCGCUGUCGACCUCCUGCGGCCAGAACAACAAGUACCAGCCGCCCAGAGGGCCGCAGGCACAGGUGGAGGAAGAGGAGGGUCAGCUGGUGUUGGACAGUAAUCCUCUGGAGUGGAGCGUAGACGAAGUCGUUCAGUUUAUCAACUCUACAGACUGUGCGUCGCUCGCCAACAUCUUCCAGGAGCAGGACAUGGACGGCCAGGCCCUGCUGCUGCUCACGCUGCCCACCGUGCAGGAGUGCAUGGACCUGAAGCUCGGCCCCGCCAUCAAGCUGUGCCACCAGAUAGAGCGCGUCAAGGUGGCCUUCUACAGGCAGUACGCCAACUGAGCCCCCCCCCACUCCCCCCCCAGUGAGGGAGGGCACUCUGUUUCGGGAGGAGAAGCAACAUUACAGGAUGUGUCAGGUGUCGCUGGAGGAGCAGUGACUAAGUUACAGCAGGAGGGCGGUCCCCGUGCGCCAGAUGUUGAAGGGUCGACCUCUGGGAGAUGAACAUGUGACCCAGGAUCCAGCAGAAGGAAACACGGCGGAGCGCUUUUUGCUUUUUUAAUAACGAGGAAAAGGAUUCGGUUCUGAAGACAUUUGGGUUUCGAUGAGCUUUCCCCUCUUUGUGUGACAUUAUUGGUUCUGGAAAAAUAUAUUUAAAAGUAUUUAACAAACCAAGAAGUAAUAUAUUUGAAAUAUUUAAUGUAAUCCUUAUUUAUGAGGAGUCAUCCGUCGAUCCAGAGAAAAUAAUUGAUUGGUUAUAAAAUACUGUUCAUGUUUCUGCUGAAAAACAAAAAAAGGAUAUUUCACAAACAGGAUGUGCGAAUUUUAAGAUUCAUAACGGACAAAAAGAAGAAGCGGCCCUCUGAAGCACCGCGUCGCUCUCUUCUCACACGACCAACCGCCAUCGGAACUAUUUUGUGUCCAUCUAUGCAAACGUGUUGCAGAUAUUUUUGAUAAGUCCGAAAAUAAAUUUCUAUUGAUUUUU